AAUCCCGGAAAAUCCCCUCGACUCCCGCAAAUAUCCUCGCGCCUCGCACGCUCCCAUCACUCCACCCACCAUCUCUGCGCCAUAAUUGCAUCCGCCCUCCCACUCCGCCCUCCCGCUCCCAUACAAUCCUCUGCUCUCCGUCAACACACCCUCCCCGUCCCACGCGUCCCGCCCCGUCUCCCCCGUCAGUGUCUCGUGUGAUCGCAUGGCGAAUGCACGCGACCGCACCAUCACCUGCCAAUCUCUAGCUCCCGCCCGGUAAAGUCGACGCUCAACCCCUCGCCGCACCGGGCGAUCCCAAUCAAUCGCCAUGGCUUUCAACUUCAACUGGUCCCCGCUUAUCGCAGACACGUCGCGCGCCCGCGACAUGCUCACCACCGCCCUGAACAAGUCGCCCAAGCCGCCUAUCAUCGUCGACGACAUCAUCGUCACCGAGCUGAACCUGGGCACCACCCCGCCCGAGCUGGAGAUACUGGAGAUUGGCGACCUGGCAGAGGACAGGUUCAGAGGCAUUUUCAAAAUGUCGUACGCCGGCGAUGCCUUCCUGACCCUCAAGACAAAGGUCCAGGCAAACCCGCUCAAGACGUACUUGUCCACAAAACCAGAUUUUGCCUCGCCCCAGCCCUUGGCCGCCGCCUCGGGCCUGACGAUACCUCUGCAAAUUACCCUCUCCGAAAUCCGCCUGUCUGGAUUCGUCAUUCUCGUCUUCUCCAAGCAAAAGGGCCUGACGCUCGUCUUCCGCAACGACCCCCUCGAUUCGCUCAAGGUCUCUUCAACCUUUGACUCGAUCCCCUUUGUGCGCGACUACCUCCAAAAAGAGAUUGAGGGCCAAUUGCGUGUGCUCUUCAUGGAAGAUUUGCCAGCUAUCAUCCACAGGUUAUCCCACCGAAUGCUCUCGCCAGAGUACCGCGAAAUCGACAUGGAAGAACGCUUGGAGGGGGCCAAGGACACAACCGCCGCCAUCGAUCCUCUUGCAUCCCCGCCUCAAGAUGCCGUUGAUGCCUUUGGCAAUCCCCUAGACGAGGCCCAAAUAUCUGCCUUGUCCCUCGAUUCGGGCGAGAUACAUGCGUCGUUUUCGCAGAAGAAUAUCCUCCGCCUCGCCGCGCUCUCCGAAUCUCAACGAACACUGUCGCUCUUCACACCCGGCAUACGCGAUGCUGUGUUUCGUGCCUGGGCGGGUCAUCCCGACCGGCCCGAGUCUGGCGUUGCCACCCCUGCGCUUACACAAGGCAGUUUGUCAAGGAUACAGUCAACGUUUGGUAGCCUAAAGUCUGGCGCAUCCUCGGUUGCUUCUGAUAGCACGGGCAACGAGACCCUGAGCUCACGGCCGACCAUGGUUUCGUCCUUUUCCUCGUCGGCCGGACUCAGUCUCAGCUCCGCUCGCUCGCGCGCUGGGGGUAUGCGCAAACGGAAGAAGCGCGUUGUCGAUCUAAGGAAAAAGGACAUCCCAGACUCUGGUGUGUCUACAGGAGAAAACACGCCACUGCAGAGCGCGUAUGCAUCCGAGACAUCAAGCGUUAUACCAGAAGAGAGGGAAGCAGAGGACGAGCUGGCUACUCCGCCAAUGAGUCCCACACAGCCAGGAGUGCGCUUCGAGGGCAGGCGUGGAAGUCUCGAUGUUGGUACUCCCAAACGUAUACCUGAAUCUAAGCCGGUACUUGAAGAGCCACCUGCGUUUGGUUCUCUCGCCCCUGCGCCUGAAUUUUCAAAAGCACCUAGACCUGCAAAGUCGAAGCAGUCAGCGCCACAGCAUUCGCUACCAUUUGUACAUCUUGAAGACCCAUUCAUAUCCCGCGGAUCCAGACGCCCGCCCAUUUCCCACAACAAGUUACGACAGGCCCAACAAUCCACCUCUCCACUCCUACGCUCCCUGUCUUUCGACAAGGUCUCAUCCCUCUCGGCUCUAUGCUCGCCCCCUCGCGCCCUCUCCCCACCUAAUACCAACAUGGCAUGCAGCUCCGGCGGCAUCCUCGAGCAAGCCUGGAUGCACAAGAUGGCACAGGAAAUUGCGAGAAAAGUGCAGGAAGAAAAGGACCGGUCUUCACGGCAGCGACCCUCGAAUCAUACGCGCACAAAGACUGCCCCUGCCGGACGAAGCUUUUGGCAGAACGACGAUGAGAUUGAGGCUCCACCUGCUUAUGUGGCGUAAUAUUGGCCUCUCUCUCUCACCCACACACCUCAACGAAAAGUGGCCUUGUGAUGAAGUUAUGAGUGAUGAUAUUUUGUCAUGACUAGCGUUUUUUGUCUUUGUCUUCUUUUCUCAACUCAACCUUUGAGUCUAUUUUUUUGGUUUCUUGCUCUGUAAUUUGCUCCAUGGGUUUUGAACCCUUUGUUUCGUUUGUUCCACUAGCAUUGUGUUUUAGCAUCGGCGUUGUCACGGGUAAGGAUUGAAAAGGGGGAGGUAGAGUAAAAAUGGGAGAUGGGGGAGAUCAAAAGUAUUGUCGGUUUCAAGUUUGGAAGAAAGAGGUGAGACACUUAUUUGCAUAGCGCUAAACGGUAGUUAUUAGCAUCACUUGUUUUUC